AUGGAACCUACAACUGAGCCCCAAGGUGAAAAACGGAAACGUAGCCCGGAAAGUUCAGGAAGUCAGGGUCAUGCACGCAUAACACAAGCUCCUCGAUUGGGCGAAAGCGCAACUCCAACAGCUGCUGCGCAAAUCAACUAUUUAGUCAAAGCCAGAAGCGAUAAACUUAAACUGGUCGAAGGAGAUUCCGAAACGUUCGGAGAUGUUUUGAGCAUGUUGGACGAAUAUGAAGGUGUUCUUCAACGACGCGAAAGUCUGGCAUCGAAUCUUGGUGCGAAACUUGUUGGUCCUUUGCUAUUGAAAUCAUUUGAAAAGCUUUUUGACGGUCCAAUUAAAGUCGUUCAAAGCUCCUAUGCUCUCGAACAAACGCCAAUUACCUGGUUAGAAGUGGUUUCUUUCGCGCGUAGUAACCCAGCAGACUUUAUUCUUAGUGAUGCAUUACAUGGCAUGAAAGUUUGUCGGUUCUGGAUCAAUGGAGGUCAAGUCGAAAUAUCUGAAGACGAUUAUCGACUGAUCAUGUCAGGUGCUCCGGAAAGAAUGAUUCCAAGUCAGCCUCUUCCAGAAGAUGAGGACUCUGAACUUGGAACCCUUCUCAUUCUGGAGAAUCGACUUACAAUGUUGAUCAAAAAGGCCGAUGCAGUGGCUAGUAAAGCAAGACAACUCAACUACCAUAUGAAAGGCAGAAAGAAUGCUAUCAAGGCAAAAAAAUCUCCCGAACAACCUACUGAAUCCCCCCUUCCAUUCGCAUCCCAACCAUUUUCUGCCGUCAAUCGAAGCAGAUCACCUGCUCCCUUGAAUGGUGAGACUGCCAAGCUGCAACAAGAUCUGUUGGAACAGUUUCAUAGCCCAAGCCGUCGACAAUCGUUACCAUCUCAGCCAAGAUCAAAGCAACCCCGCCUUAACAAUUCUGAGCACUCAACCUUUCAUUCUUUCAAUGGUGCAGCUCCAAGUUCUGAUCACCAACGAGCAUCACAGCCACCAUCUAAUUCUGAUGAUGGGAUCGAAGGGCAAUAUCGUGUUUUAAUGGCUGCCAGGAUUGAGAAACUUCACAAAGGAGAUCCAAUUACACCACCGUGCGAUCGAUGUCGACGUUUACGAUUCACAUGCACUAAGCAUAUGACUGCUUGUGCUGCAUGCACAAAGAAGCAUGCUAAAUGUUCUUGGAAGGAUGUCAAGGAUGGUGAACUCGAAGCAACAGCAUCUGUAUCUGCACAGCGAGAUUCUUGCGGUUCAUCAGAAGAUGGGUUGUUAAUUGUUGAUAAAAAGCAUACACCAGAACGAUCUACCUUGGCGACUAGUGGUGGUGUUACUACUAUCGCAGCGGGUGGAGCAAGUGGAUCGGGUAGACAAAUUCCAGCUCACGCACAGCACAUGUCAAUUCUUUCUGGUCUAGAAGCUGAAUUGCGUCCUCAAAACGCCACAAAGAUUAACAAUCACGUUCCUAACAUUGCUGCCACUGUUCCAGUCAGAUCACCACAAUCAAAGCCAGAGCAAGAAAGAAGAGUCUCCGCUGAACAUACAUUACUAGCACAGAUGGCUUCAGCUGCGGCUGCGGCUACUACUCAAUAA